AUGGCGGACAUCGCCCUUCCAUUCCCGGACCCGUGGCAAACAUCGUCAACUUUCCCGGGACCUGUGGAGAGCCCAGCCGUCCCAGGACCUGUGGAGAGCCCGACCCGCCCAUCCCGGGACACAUGGUGGACAUCGCCCGCCCAUCUCAGACCCGUGGUGGGCCAGGCUCACCCGUCCCAUGACACCUGGCGGUCAUCACCCGCCCGUCCCAGGACUCGUGGCGGGCCCAGCCUGCCUGUGCUGGGACACGUGGCAGACAUUGCUCGCCCGUCUCGGGACCCGUGGCAGGCCCGGCCCGCAUUUCCUGUGACACAUUGCAGACAUUGUCUGCCCAUCCCAGGUCCCUUGGCGUCCCCAGCCUGCCCAUCCCGGGAUACGUGGCAGACAUCUCCUGCCUGUCCCGGUACCCAUAGCAAACCCGGUCCACCCAUCCAGGGACACGUGGCAAACAUCGCCUGCCCAUCCCCGGAACCCAUGGUGGGCCUAACCUGCCCAUCUUGCGACACACGGCAGACAUCGCCCGCCCGUUCCAGACCCGUGGAGGGCCUGGCCCGCCCGUCCCGGGAGACGUGGCGGGCAUCGCCCACCCAUACCCGGACCCGUAGCAGGCCCGGCCGGCUUAUCCCAGGACACGUGGAGGACAUCCCCACCCCAUCCCCGGACCCGUGGCGAGCCUGGCCCGCCUGUCCCGGCACAUGUGGUGUACAUCACCCGCCUGUCCCAGUACCUGUGGCAAACCCAGCCCACACGUCCCGAAACAUGUGGUGGACAUCACCUGCCUGUUCGUGGACCCUUGGCAGACAUAGCUCCCCGUCCUGGGACACGUGGCAGACAUCGCCCACCUGUCCCCAGACCCAUGGCGGGCCCGCCCCGCCCGUCACGGGAAACGUGGCGGGCAUCGCCCGCCCAUACCCGGACCCGUGGUGGACCCGACCCACCCAUUCCAGGACCUGUGGUGGACAUCGCCUAGUACAUGUGGUGAACAUCGCCCAACCAGCAAGGCCAGCCCGCCCGUCCUGGGACAUGUAG